CGCGAGAUUGGUUUGAUGAGACAGAGCGAUGGCACAAACGCACCAAGCUUUGUGGGCAGCUCGAGCGGCAUUCACUUUGUCCGCUCGGUAUACCAGGCUUUGACCAAAUCUCAAUCCCGCGUGCAUAUACCACCUCAGACGCCGGAUCAGAACAUCGUGCCUGGAGAAGAGGAUCAAUUGGACGAGACUAUUCCGUACAGCUCGAAAAAUCUCUGGUCACCCAACGAGAUUGCUGCAGCCGACGGCGAGGACCUUGGAUACGAUUUCGAGACAUUGCAAACAUGGAGCGAGAGCUAUUUCGAGAAUUGGCACACUGCUUAUCCUUUCAUUCACGCGCCAUCUAUCUUGGAAUAUCUGGAGCAGGAAGUUCGACUGAACAAUCUGGAAAAUCUUCACGGUCACCAGAGUCCACGCUUCACUAUAAUACGUUCCAUCAUGUCCAUUUCUCUAGCAGACCGUAGGCAGUCUGGUCAUCGAUCUACGCAACCAAUCCCUGCCAGCCUCAUCUUCAAAUCUUUCAAGGAAGCCAUGGAAAGUGUGCAAGACAUGCUGUUUCUGCCGACCUCUAUCGAAGCACUUCAAGCAGUCGUCUCGGUGCAGCUAUUUUUGGUCUCAAUGCUGCGUCUCAAUGGUGCAUCACGGCUGGGAGGUAUGAUAGUGAGAAUGACAUUCCAGAUGGGACUGCACAGAUGUCCCACGAGAUAUGCAGGUUUCGAUACCGAACAAGCAGAGCUUCGUCGGAGAUUGUUCUGGACAAUCUAUUGUAUCGAUCGCCAUUUGUGUCAGUCUCUGGGGUUACCUCUAACCAUUCGUGACGACGAUGUCGAUGUUUGCUAUUUCGACGACGAGAAACACUCGGCCGAGAAUCGUCACGGGACAAUCAUGGACGACCGCUUGAGAGUGUUGAAUUUUCUUACCAGGCAUGCUUCCAUUAAGGGACAGAUCAUGGAGCUUCGCAACAAGUCUGUUCAUCAAAGAACGGCUAACCGUGAUCAAGCUACCCUCAUCAGCGCGAGAAUCGACAAAUGGGCGAACGACCUUCAGUAUACCCUGGAGGCCUCUGAACACGGCGAGACUGGAGAUGUCAACAAGUUACAUCAAGCUAUCCUUUUGGUCUUACAGCACGAAUCAGCCAUAUCGCUCAACAGACCACUACUUGCGCUGGAGAGGCACACUUCGGAAUACAUGGCUGCUUUACAAACUUGUAUUCGUGCUUCCAGGUCUACCAUUACCAUACUUCAUGGCUACCUUAAGAACACUACCACGCAGGAUAUCUCAUCAUCGACUCCGGCACCUCUACUCUGGCCAUCCUUGACUUGGUGUGUAUGGAUGAGUGCGUUCAUCGUACUUCAUGCGGCGAUUGAAGGCGAGAUGCCAAAGCCUGUCGCACGGAGGCUGGCAGAUCAAAGUGUUGAGGUGCUCCGACAGCUCGCCCUUCGAGGCAGUGUAUGGCCAAAUGUCUGCGCUGUCGCCAUCGAUGAUCUU